AUGGACAUAAGCUUGCCACUCCAUAAGAAAUCUGCCAAUAUUGGUGACAAUGUGGAUAGGAUCAGCAAGGCGUUUGUCCUAGAUUUGCCUAUCAAUAUAUUUUUUCCAUGCCUUGAGACCCUUGGUGUUGCUCAUGUUAUGUAUGUCGAUGAUGCUUCAAUGCACAGGCUCUUUUCUAGCUUGCCUGACCUUGAAAACUUAGCUAUGAGAAGAGAUGGAUGGCAUGGUGCGUGA